GCUCUAUAUAUAUUUAUAAUUAAUUUCAAUUUCAACCAAUCUUCAUUAUCAAAUUUCCAGGAUUAAUGGCCGCGGCUUCCUCUUCUACAAUUCUCGUUUCCCUCCGAUCAAGCUUAAUUUCAAAUCCAAACCCUAAACCAGAUCCAUCAUUCUCUUUACCAUUUCCAACUUGUCAAAAACCCUUACCAAAUCGAUUAUCAACCUCCCGUCGCCGCGUCUCGCCGGAGGAUAACAGAUCAAGCCCAUCCCUCUUACCAUACACUCAAACAGACGCCGCCGCCGCCGACGAUUCGCCACAACUCAUCGCCGACUGUUGGCGUCAAUUAAACGGAGAAGACGAUUGGGAAGGACUAAUCGACCCGUUCCACCCGCUUCUACGAUCCGAGUUAAUCCGCUACGGCGAGAUGGCUCAAUCCUGUUACGACGCCUUCGAUUUCAAUCCAUUCUCCAAAUACUGCGGUAGCUGCCGAUUCAGUCGCCGCGAUUUCUUUUCCCGGCUAUCCUUUUCAUCGCCUCAGAUCGGUUACACUGUUUCACGUUAUCUCUACGCAACCUCGAAUAUUAAUCUCCCCAAUUUCUUCAAGAAAUCGCGAUGGCCUAGGGUUUGGAGUAAGAACGCGAACUGGAUUGGAUACGUUGCGGUUUCCGACGACGAUACUACCCGCCGGCUCGGGCGUCGCGACAUUGCGGUUUCGUGGCGAGGAACCGUAACCCGACUUGAAUGGAUAUCGGAUCUUAUGGACUUUUUACGACCGGUUUCUCAGGAUAAAAUACCCUGCCCCGACUUGUCCGUUAAGGCUGAAUCGGGUUUUCUUGAUUUGUACACGGAUAAAGACGAGAAUUGCCAGUUCUGCAAAUUAUCGGCCAGAGACCAAAUCUUAUCAGAGAUAAAAAAACUCAUAAACCAAUAUCCAAACGAGGAGCUAAGCAUAACGAUCACCGGGCACAGCCUGGGCAGCGCGUUAGCAAUAUUAAGUGCUUAUGACAUUGCGGAAACGGGCGUAAACCUGACACUAGACGGGCGUGUUAUACCCGUUUGCGUGUUUUCCUUUGCGGGUCCUCGGGUGGGCAACAUUGCUUUCAAAGAGCGGGCAGAGUGGCUCGGGGUAAAAGUGUUGAGAGUGGUUAAUGUUCACGAUGUGGUGCCUAAGGCACCCGGGGUAGUCUUCAAUGAGGGAACCCCACUUGUAAUUAUGAAGGCUGCAUGUGGACUUCCGUGGAGUUACUCUCAUGUAGGCGUAAAACUUGUGUUAGACCAUAGUAAAUCUCCUUUCUUGAAGCACGAUGCGGAUCUGGCUUCGGCCCAUAACUUGGAAGUCCAUCUCCAUUUGUUAGCCGGGUACCAUGGGAAGGGAAAGAAAUUUGAACUUGCGAUUGAGCGUGAUCGAGCACUUGUGAACAAGUCAUCUGAUUUUCUAAAGGAUGAGUAUAUGAUCCCACCUUAUUGGUGGCAGGAGCAACAUAAGGGCAUGAUCAUGAGCGAGCAUGGCUGUUGGAUGCAACCUGAUCGACCGGUCCUUGAAUGACUAGGAUAUGCAAAUUUAUAAUAUGGUUUGGUGUAAUAAUAUUUUAUUUGGAUUUUAGAUUAUUCUUAACAAAUAUUGUAAAUGCAUGAGUUUGUA